AAUCUUAUCAGCCUUCGGUACCAAGUGUAGUGGGCUAGUCUCUUCUGUUUCCUGUUGCCCACUUCCAUCCUAUGGUUUUCAUUAAGAAAUAGCUUCCUUGAUGCAUUGUAUCAUCUCCUAGGUGUCUUCUGUCUUCCUCAUGUUUAAGAAGUUCUUGUCUGUCGUCACUGAUUACAUAAUUGGGAACUAUGUAGAAAAUUUCAACUUUGAUAAUUUAUCCUAUGGGCUUCUUGAUGGAAAAAUUACUCUGUCUAACUUGACUCUCAAAAAGGAUACAUUAAACAGUCUUUUUAACAUCCCACUAACAUUGGAGUCAGGUAAAGUCGGCAAUGUGUCUAUAUUUAUUCCCUACACACAUCCUUGGAGUCAGGCAUGGCAACUUACACUGGAGAAUGUCGAUUUAGUUGCUUAUGCUUCAGCUGAUGACCUGUGGCACAACUUACAUGCAAACCGUCCACGUGACGGAACUCGAACAUCUGUCCUAGAAGAAACAUCAAAAGAUUCUGCUGUUAAAUAUGAAACUUCUUACGACUACCAAAAGAGCAAUUUGUCUUCUUCAGACCCAUCUGUGCAUAGAAAAUACAGUUUGGACCAAAUGGAAAAGAAAUGGUUUCAGACUAUAAAUGGGAUUGAACCAAAUGACACAGCAGCUAUCAACGAGUUGGCUGCCAUGGGUACUAGAUCAGAUAACUCUUCUUGGUGGUCAUAUAUAUCGUCGGUUGGUUAUGGUAUUAUCCGUAGUCUUCAAAUUGAAAUACGUCAAGUUCGUAUCUCUCUUAUCGAUCCAAGUAGUUCAGAAACUGAAAUUUCUUCGACUAGUCUGUUCGAUGAUAAUUAUCAAAGUUUCGGAACAUUUACUAUCAACCUACAACAUUUGACAAUGGAGACUACAGAUUCCCAGUGGAAGCGUACUACUAUAACGUCUGAAGAACCUGUUGAGUAUAAACUGAUUAAUGUCGAUGGAUUAAAUAUUAUUUGGGAACCAAAGUUUCCUACAUUAGAGAAGACGACCGAUAGUUCAUCUAUUCAAAGUACAACAGAGCGACUAUCCGACAAUGAUGAUACAUCAAUCACUCAAAAUGCUUUAUAUGUCUUACAUCCUUGUCAUUUAACUGGACGUUUAAAAAGAAAUCAAACUGAUUUUGGCAUAAAUGGAAUUGGUACAUUUACUACUAAAUAUCAAACAGAAUUAAAUAACAAAGCACAAAUUGAAUUGAGUAUAACUUUAAGUCAAUUGAAUAUACAAAUAUCAGAGGAAUUGUGUUACAGUCUAUCACAUUUAUCUGAAAUUCUAACAAGUCAGUAUAAACGUACAGAACAAUUGAAACGUAGACCAUCAACUAUAAUGAAAAGAUACAAAGAUUGGUGGCGUUAUGCAGCUGGUGAAAUUCGUCCACAACUUCGUGUUUAUUUUCAUUCAACACUUGGUCAUACUUCUUUAUUGACCUUAGCUACAGAAGCCAAGUUGAGUGUUACCUAUGUGAAAGCUUAUACAGCCUAUUUGAUUAACGGAUUAUUGGCUUCAUCUAGUGACACAUCAAUAUCAGGCAGUAAAUGUUUGAUUACUGUGGAACAAAUUAACAAUAUAUGUGAUAGUUUAAAUUAUACACCUGAGAUGAAUUCAGGGCGAUUAAAGCAAGAACAGAUAUGGCCAAUCCAGAGAAUCACAAUUUUACGGUUGAUUGCCAUGAGACGUGCUGCAGUUGUAUUGUAUCAAUUGUUGAAAUUCAAUAAGAAAGAUGUAUGUGAAAAUGAAGAUGCUUUAGCCGCUACAGAAAAACUUAAGUCCUUAGAUGUUACAAAUUCACCUGUAUCAAAUCGAUCAUGGUAUGGUUGGUGGCGAUAUUCAUCAUGGCUAAGAAUGACUUCAUUUUUAUCAUCAACAACUCUUAACGAAGUUGAUAAUAGUAUCAACUGUGUGAUUCAGUCAACUGGUCAACAAUCUAUUGGUUCUGAUUUAAAUCCUCCAGUCACCAACACAAUCUUUGAACUGCUUGAUGAAUUUGCUGCACACGCCAGUAAUAUUGAUUAUACCUGUAUCACUUAUCCUAUAUUUCUCCAGUUUGUUUGUACUAUUGAUGGAUGUAGUUUAAAGCUGGUUGAUCGUCAUCAGUUUGUCAAUACAUGCAUACAUACAGCUUUUGUGAAUUUAUCUGGACAACAAAUAAGUUUCAGUUUGGAACUUCGACCAAAUGUAAUUCUUAUCGAUUAUCCUCUCAUAUUCAAUCAUUGAUGGUGUGUGAUGAACGACAUCUACUAGAUAAGCAGAUGAAUUCAACUCAACCUACUCCUAUAUUUCCUGUUGUUUUAUUCCCUCGCUACCAAUCUACAUCUUCAAAGGUAUCAAUAGACAACAGUUUGAAUACUGUUAGCAAUCAAGAAAGACGAGUUUUCUCACUUAUUUAUGAAGUAAAUUCAACAAAAAUAAACGUUGAUUAUCUGUAAGUUCUUUUCUUGACAAACUCCACUUUUCAUUUUUUUACCUGAAGUGUAAUUUUCAGUAACAUUCACAAAAGAAUUGCUAUUCAGUGUAAUACUAUUUAUUUCUAAAGUGCUUCUAUGUAUCUGCUGGUGAAAGUUUAAUUGAUAUCAUCAUUAUUAGGUCCCACCUGUGAAGACUAGGCGUUCUUAAAUUGAUCUUUCAGUUAUGGGUUAAUAUACCUUUUCACAAUUCUUUUGUGUAUGUGGAUUACAGUUUGAUUAUCUCACUUGUGUGAUGCUUAUCAUCAUUACUGUUGAAAGGCUUCUGGAUCUUGAUAACCGUUGCUUUUGUAGCGUAGACUGUGUCAUAGUGUCAUCACUUCAAUGAAGUAGAAGUCAGACGAUGAGGAAUGUCAAUCGCUGUGAACUUUCAUCGACUGAGAUAGCUGAAAAAUGUGUUGCGCAUACUUGAUCACCUGGUCUGCCUCGUCGCUCAAUGUAGGCGCAGGCUGAAAAAAGGAUUGAAAUGACCAGACUAAAACAUUUCAUCGGUGUGUGAAGUCUUUGACCGUUGGUUUGAUCUGUGUUCGGAGAUGUAGACUAGUCGGUUGGAGUCCACGUGGUAACAGAAAUCAGAGUUUGGAAACUCUAGGUAACUUGGCUUAGAACUGAUGUCAGUGGCGUAGAUUUAUCCCACACUUUAUUUUCAUCUUAACCACUCUAAUGAAUCCAAUAAUUUUUCAUUCCUCCUUCCUCUUUUUUUUGACUGAUUUCUACUACAUCUGAUCGGUUUGUCUUUCUUUCUUCAUCUUUGAUCUUACCACUUUUUAAAUUCUGCUCAUAUGAGGUAUGGCAACUUGGAUCGUUGUGCUGUAAUGUCUGGUCCUGUGUUGAUAUCUAUGAUGAUGACUGCUAACAUCAUGCUAAUUGUAACUGAAGCUGACGAAUAGUAACAAAAUAGGUGUGUGACAGCUUGAUGGAGUGUUUUCUGCUUGUUACAUUGAGUCAGUCAACAACUAAACGUAAACACUUUGAAAGCUAGUCUAUCGAAAAUACCUAAAAGGGAGGAUUCAAAUGUUUGCGACAUUGAUUUUAAUAAUUUCAAGUUAGAUUGUAACAUAUAGGAGAAAUUUAUUUCGUAAUAUUAUCGUAAUUAGUUUGUUGUAGAAUACUAUAGUAGUUUAGGUCUGAAUCUAGCUGUUACAAUCCUUUCUGUCUAUAGGUAACUAUCUAAAUAUGCCUUCCAAAGUAUUAAGAUAUGAAACAUUCCAACAAAGAUGAAUAAAACUGCAUUGUACACCAUAAAUCAUGCAUCGUGUUGACAGAAAGUGAUGCUCUGUAUGUGUGGAUAUUAGAGUAAGCGAAGUAGGAUUUCUACUCAUUUAUUGUUUGGCAUGCGUUUCGCACCUUUCAGAAACAAGAUAAUGCUCCAGGACUGACUAGUCUACAAUUACUGCUAGCUUAAGAUUAGGGAGUGAGGUAGGGGAAUGCGUCGACUAUUUCACUUUCUUCAGGAGUCGCAUCAGCUCGAGCGAACUGAUUUCGGACGAAAUCUCAGCUCAGAUACAAAAAGCCCAUUUGUCAUUUGUCAACUCGCGUCAUCUGUUGCGCUGACUGGCGAGAUAUCUGACCAUCUAUUAAAGACAAGUAUACCGCACUGCAGUCCAUUCCCUUUUUUAUAUGGCAGUGAGACAUGGUCGUUGAAUGUAAGAGAUACAAAAAAAAAUCGCCAAAUGAAUAAUGUUGAGGUCAGGUGAAAGGUUAUAAGGAGAGGAAGCAAUUCAGUCAAUAAAGUUGUGAAACUUCUUCGACUGAGAUGUUUUGGAAGAGUGUUUUGCAUGCGAACCCACCAUCUACCUCGACGUGCAAUGCUAAGGAAAGUUAGAUUAGGUUUGAAUAGGUUCAUGGUGGUCAGACGAAGACGUGGCACCAGUCGAUGAAGUGUAUGUCUGUUGAUCUGAGUCGUGUGAGGAGAUGCAGACUACCUACAUGGGGUGCUCGAGACGAUAUGAAUGAGUGGUUGAGGACUGUUGGUGACAUGGCUGAAAAUCAGCGAGAAUAGCGCAGAUGUAUUCAUUCAUUGUUAUCUUCUGAAGCUUGAAUGCUUUGAGUAACAGUAAUUUUUAAAUUUCCUUCUCUUCUAUUCACCUAUGUCCACUUUGGUAUAAGUCUUUCUUAUCCACUUGUUCUUUAUUCACUACUGUGAAUUGUCACAAGUUGAACUGACACACUUCUGUUCAAGGUUCUACGUUGAUUUUGUCUGUUUAUUUUUCUAUCUAUCUGUUGAAUAGCUUGAUAACUAUGUCCUGCCCCUAAAUUAUUAAACCAAAUAAUAUUUAAUUAUGAUUUCUUUACUUU